GCCCGGGCGCAGGGCGCGGAGCCCCGCGGCGGUGCUGGUGCCGGUGGCGGUGCCAUGGUGGGGCGGCUCAGCCUGCGGGACGUGCCCGAGCUGCCGGACGCCAGGAAGCGGGGCGACUCCGGCCUCGACAGCCCCGACUCCGGGCUGCCCCCCAGCCCCGGGCCCUCCCACCCGCCCUGGCCGCUCGCCGCCGGCAGCCCCGAGCGCGCCGCCGAGCCCGAGCCCCCCGCGCCCCCCGCCGCGAAUUCCGUGUUCUCUCCCAGCCCUGUUCUCGCCAGCUGCCCUCCAAGACUGUGUCCUUUAUCCUUUGGCGAAGGAGUUGAGUUUGACCCUUUACCACCGAAGGAAAUAAGGUACACAUCCUCGGUCAAGUACGACUCGGAGAAGCACUUCAUCGACGAUGUCUACAUGCCGGUGGGCCUGAGCGUUUCCUCUUGCAGUCAGACGGUCAUCUGCGUCCCUAACUGCACGUGGCGCAGUUACAAAGCAGAGGUCCACUUCGAGCCCCGCAACAAGCCCCAGCGUUUCACCAGCACCACCAUCGUCUACCCGAAGCACGCCAAGACUGUGUACACCACCACCCUGGAUUACAACUGCCGCAAGUCCAUGCGACGGUUCCUUUCCAGCGUGGAGCUGGAAACCGCCGAGUACCUCGGGAACGACUGUGUCCUGGACGGCUGCUGACUGCCAGCCGCCCCCUCGCUGCGAUCCGUCCCCGCCCCACCUAACGUCCUGCCCGUCCGUACCUUUGCAGUCAGGCUGAGGGAACCUUACCUGUCGCCACCUCUUGUUCAGCUCUUAAUAAUUCCUGCUUUAAGCACCAGAAAGGCCUGAAUGCAGUUUUCUGUUGGGACGUAACUUUGUAAGGAACUUGUUUCUUCACCUUUAAGGUCGUGAGUUCCCUCCCCUACCCAACCCUGCAGCGCAGUAGUCAGAUGAAAAUAAGGGGAAGUAUUUUCCUAGAGAAAAAACUACAGGUGAGGAAGAAUGUGGAAUAGUGUCUGGCAGGUGGAAGUGUAUUUUAUGCUUUGUGGGGAUGUGCAAAAAUAAGGGCAGUUCACUCUCUUGCAGAAAAUCUACCGGGUUGUUUCAUGAUAUAUAAACAGAGCUGUCAUGCAUUUUGGUUUAGAUCACGGGGCUCUUUCCUCCAGAUGAACAAUCUCUGGAAUUUGCUGGAGGAAAAAAAAAAAAAGAAAAUCUGGAAUUCUGUAUUUAACAGAUACAAAAACCUUAUCCUAUGGCAUUCAUGUCUGGUUUGAAGGUGUGAUUUGGGAAGAAGUGUAGAACAGGAGAUCACUGCCUGGAGCUGCAAAAGCAGUUUGAGAAGGGAUCAGGUAAUUCUAGUUAUUUAGAUGAAUGGCACGAUGUAUCUUCUGUAAUGACUUCUUGUUGUAAUGACAUCUACAGCACUGCAGUCUGUGUAACAUGCUGACAUUUGUGUGCCUGUAAUAGGACUGGUAAUGAAGACUAUCAGGCCAGAAAUUAUCCCUGUGUUGUUGGAAAGUCAGGUCUUGACAGUGUGGUGUUGGAAGAACUCCAGUGCCUGGUUUUUACCGAUGCCAUGCUAACAUGUCUGCACUAAUGGAGUUGGAAUUAGGAAAGUUUCAGGAAAUGUGCAGCGUAUACAGGAAACUAGUGGGGCAGAGAUGUUGGGAUCAGACAUGAGAUGCUGUCAUGGUGGUGGUUGUAAAGGAUUUCUGAGAAAGAGGUAAAUGGUAACAAAGGUCAGUCAAAUUUUAAUUGGGUAGCAAAAUCCACAGCUGUAGCUUUGCUUCCCUGUUGAGGUUUUCAUUGCAAAGGUCCAUGUCCCCUCUGGUACUCAGGAUGUCAGUGGGAUUGGGUAGCAUUUGCCUAUCCUUAGGCUGCUGGAUAACCCCACCAGUCCCACGUGCAAGAGGCAGAAGUGGUUUGGGGCCAAAGGGAGUAACUUCAGAUACUAUGAAAGCCUACCCAGAUGUUACGUGCAUUAGUUUAUGGUGAGUUUGAUGAAAAUAAAAUGGGGAGAGUUCUUAGUUUACCCAGAUAUUUUUUUCUGCGUUCACAGAGAGCGGUGUAGUAUGGAGAGCGUCUGUUUCUGGUUGUGUGCCUUGUGUUGGUGGCAAGGGUGGUGUAGCAGCUCAGAGGCUUUACUCAGCUGGCCGUGGCUUUUUCAAGGAUUCCAGAACUCUGAGGUGCAGGUCACCUUCUGGUGCAAUGUCAGCUCUGUACCUGCUUUUAACAAGGAUUUAGCAUGUAGCCCCAAGGGUGAAUUUUGUCUGUGGUGAGUUAAAAACUCACGAGCCUGUUCUUGAGCUGUACUUAGCGCAUGUAAGUGCACGUGGGGUGAGUGGUGUGGAAGCAUACUGUAGUGUGAACUGAUUUGGGAGCCUAAAAAUGCAGCAAGAAGCCAGACUUGAGUUUGUUAUGGUUUGUUUUUUUGUUGUUGUUUUGUUUUUUACUUAUUUAUUAGCUCAGAACAGAAUGUCCUUAAUCUUUGGUACUUGCCUCAGAAAACCAGAUCCAAAAACAAUUCCAGGGUGACACAGGAUGCCAAAUUCAGGUAGGCUUUGCUCCAAAACUAUUAAGAGCAGCAUGGUCUUGUCAUUAAAUGUACUGGUUUCAGACUACACUGUUUAGGGGAUGUGUCUUAAGUCCACGUCAUGAUUGUCCCUUAAACAUUGCCCCAAGAUAGACUUGUGUAAGAGAAGGCACAACCCAACCCCUAAGCGUGCGGGUUUCAAACGGACAAAACUGCUCGUUGGGAAAGCUAUCGCAACAUUGCUCGCUUCGUGGUUUCACGUACCUUGCUCCUGAAAUGUGGUGCUGGCCACGGUUGGACACAGGACCCAGGAAGAACACGGACCCUGGAUUGCUCUGACAAUGUUCUUCCGAUGAAUUUGUUUGCAGGAGAUCUGAGAGAAGAUUAUUUUAAGUUGUAAUCAUUAAUUAUUCCUAGUUAAAUUAGAAAUGAAAUUAUCCUUACAGUAUGGCUUUAGGAUAAAACACAUGAUUUUUAUAAGGCAAACUUCAUUACGUGCUUUUUAAGAUAUUUUAAUUGGUAGAGAUACCUUUUAAAUUAUUUAUGUUCCAACAUUUGCAAAGCUCUGAUUAGCUCUGUGCAAGUGUACUGAUGUCUGUGAAGUUUACUGUCUUCCCACUCUAAUUUUCAAAUUGUCUUUUACUUUACUGGUAAUAAAUGAUCUGAAAACUGUAA